UCCACCUUUAGACCAUCAAGAGGAAAGACUCAGUAUAAAUGCUUCCACGGGGAAUGGAAAGAACCUAAUUUAAAGAAGUAUUGUUCUUUACCUUACUCAGAAAAAUACAAGGCUCCCAUAUAGGCUGCUCUGUUGGCAUGUCCAAAGGACAUAGCAGGAAAAUAUACUCAGCUUCAUUCAGACUCGGAAUAUAUCCAUUGUUGUAAAACUGGGCCAUUGGAUCUGACCAGGUCAUGGGAAAAGAUGGAAGUUGAAAACAAUCGUACAUUGGUUACUGAUUUUGUGGUGGUUGGGUUUACAACAGACCCAUUUCUACGCACAGUUCUCUUUGUGGUAUUCUUGGCCUCAUACAUCCUAACGCUGACUGGGAAUCUGGGCCUCAUAGCCCUGAUCUAUCUGGACUCCCACUUGCACACACCCAUGUACUUCUUUGUGGGCAGCCUUUCCUUCCUGGAUGUCUGGUAUUCCUCAGUCUAUAGUCCUCGGAUCUUAUAUGAUUGUUUGUCCAAGAACAAUCGCAUUUCCUUAGCGGGUUGUGCAGCCCAGUUCUUUUUCUCUGCUGGAUUGGGCUGGAGUGAAUGCUUCCUAUUGGCCUUCAUGGCCUAUGACCGCUUUGUGGCCAUCUGCAACCCACUCCUUUAUGCCACUGCCAUGCCCAAGAAGCUCUGUGUCCAUCUAGUGGUGGGGUCUUAUGUAGUGGGGUUUGCCAAUGCUAUUGCACACACUGGUAACACUUUCCGUCUACAUUUCUGUGGUAGUAAUAUCAUCAACCACUACUUUUGUGAUGUGCCACCACUUUUGAAAAUGGCAUGUGCUGACAAAAGAGUUUAUGAAUUCAUCCUGACUGCUCUCAUUGGUUUCAGUUUGCUGGCAGCCACUGCUGUCAUCGUGAAAUCCUACGUUGGUAUUGUGGCAGCCAUUAUUCGCAUCCGUUCCGCUGCAGGGAGACGCAAGGCUUUCUCUACUUGCUCGGCUCACCUUGUCUCUGUCUCCCUCUUCUAUGGCUCCAUGCUCAUCAUAUACUCCACACCUAACUCUUAUCACACUCCAAAUUGGGACAAGGCAACUGCGUUGUUCUAUACAGUAGUCAACCCUCUGGUCAACCCUUUGAUUUACAGCUUACGCAACAAAGAUGUGAAGGCAGCCUUCAAGAAAGUCUGGGGGAGAUUCACAGCACACAAAUAAAUGGCAAUCUCCUUCUUUAGGGUAGACUGCAGAUAAUGAAAUUAACCUCUAGGCUUCAAUGUCUGCCAGCCAACCAGCCAGUUUCCUCCUUCCCCCAUUUGCUUCCUUCUAAGAGAAAGUGGAGAAAGUCAGGAGACCAGAAUUAACUUCAAAGAUCAGCAGUCAUCCCGAGGCUCAUAAUCCCCAUGCAUACUUUUCUUCAUCAGCAAUUUCAUUCCAUAUGUAUACCUUCCCAAUCUUUUCCUAACCUAGCAGCAUCCUGACAUUUUAUUUCAUAUUUUUAAAUUAUUUUAGCAACUUUUAACUUGCUUUGUGGUGUUGAUGAUGUAGUUACCAUUCUCGCUAUAGUCCGGCAUUGUGAGCCACUAACCAUGUUUAAACCCUCCUUGGUUGGACGUUUAUAUUCAUUCCAAAUUCUCAUAAUAGCAUGUCGAAGAAAAUGAUUUUUAAAAUUUACAUUAAUAUUGACUUUAUCAUACUAUAAAUACCAUGCCGCCCAAAUCACAAGUCAUGUCUUUCUAACUGUAAAAGCUUUCUAUUUUUCAGCAACAUCCAUUCCUUCACCCAAACUAAACAACAGCCUUCAAAUAUAAUCUCAAAUCAAAUAAACCCAAUCCUCCUCUUUUUUUUUUUUUUACAUCUAAUAACACCUUAUAUUUCAGUCUCAAAUAUAUACCUAAAUUUGUGUGGAAGGAUGUGAGUCCUGGACUUUGUACCAAUGACACAUUAAAUACCUGGAGAAAUUUCACUUGCAUCCCCUCCACUCCAUCUUUGGCACUUGUUGGCCACAUUGUGUCUUCAACCUAUCAUCUUGAUUAUCCAGAAUGAAUGACCACUAAAUGCCUCACCACUAUGCACUGUAGUGUACUAAAACUGGGAAGAGACCUCAAGAUCAUCCAUGCAAGCACUACAAUGACACUAUAACGGAAGCCCUAUAUCUCUGUGACAUCCAGCCAAAGAAACUAGAAGCUUUGGCUGCUGACAGAACUCUGCUGUGCUAUGAAGCCUCCACCAGUUUUGAAGACAAGCAAAGCCAAAAAUUGUGUGAGACAUCACAGAAUAACACCUAGAGUUACUACAGCAAUAGAGUAGCCUUUUGUGCUAAACUAUGCAUUUCCAGGUUGGGACUGCAGAGCCAUCUCCACAGAUCCAUAGAUGAAUUCCAUAAUAAUAUCUUCUUGGAACCCAAAAGACUACCCAUACAAAUGUUUUGUGUGUAACAAUACAAACAGCAGUUUUUCUUGUUGGGCAUUCAUGUGACC